GUAGCUUAUUUAUACGAAUCAAGUCGUCCCACAUCACUGACACAAGCUGCAUCUGCCGCAGAUGUACACCAAUUUUUAGUGGAAUUAUUUGCGAAAUUGUUUUAUAUUAAAAAAUACAACAGACCAAAAAAAAUUUCGUUUGAAAUUAUUUGAUCAACUGGCGAUUUCAAAAUGGAUCGUUGGAGAGGUAAAAUCGCCGUGGUCACAGGAGCAUCGGUUGGCAUUGGUCUAGCAACGGCUAAAGUUUUGGUACGCGAGGGAAUGAUCGUCGUAGGAUUCGCUCGCAGAAAAACACUAAUGGAGGAUUUUAUGAAAGACGUAAAAGGCUCUGGAAAAUUUUUUGCCCGUGAAUGCGAUAUUACGAAUGAAAAAAGUGUUAUUGAUUCCUUAAACUGGGUGAAAACUACUUUAGGGUCUAUAAAUGUUUUAAUAAACAACGCUGGAGCCAUAAAACAUACAAAAAUAGAAGAUACGGCUACCGAAGAUAUCGAGCACAUUAUUAAAGUCAAUGUAUUGGGACUUGUUUACUGUUCAAAACAAGCUAUAAAAUUAAUGAAGGAGAAUCAAAAUGAAGGUCACAUCAUCAAUAUUAAUAGCGUUCUAGGCCACAUGGUACCAAUGGGCAAUGCUCAUCACUUUAGCGUGUACCCCGCUUCGAAAUUUGCCGUCACGGCUCUGUCCGAAACCCUGAAGAAUGAACUCGUGGGCACCAAAAUCCGCGUCACCAGUGUCAGUCCAGGCUUGGUGAAGACCAACAUGAUGGAAGCAGCUGCUGAGAAAAAUCCCAAUAUCAACAAGAUGCCCGCGCUGAGUCCAGAAGACAUUGCCGAGUCAAUCGUACACGUACUCGGGGUACCGUCGCAUGUAGAAAUCAAUGAAAUACAAAUACAAGCGAAAUCAUAGUGUCAAUAUUAUUGAUCUUUGAAUAAAAUUGUUGUUAAACCUGUACAAUAUCUGUGCUAAAACGAUAAAGUAAAAUAAUGUAAAUAAAGUGAACUCAUUGAUAGGUUUUUAUGAGGCUUGCAUAAGUAUUGCAAUUCCGUAUAGCAAAGAUUAUCUUUGCGAUAGAAAAUCAAUGCAAUUAAUACAAUUCAAGUUUUAACACAUGUA